UUGUCCAAGCCAAUUAUUUGUCAUUUUUAUGUCAGGGUGUUGGUCUACCUUCUGCUCUAGAAUUCCGACAAGAGUUUUCAAGGGUUCCUGAUGUAGAACGCUUACUUUCACGCCUCUUUGCUUCCUGUGAGGCCAAUGGGAGAAACGCGCAUAGAGUUGUUCUGUAUGAGGAUGCUGCAAAAAAGCAGCUUCAAGAAUUCAUAUCAGCACUUCGAUGCUGUGAAGUGAUGGCCCAAGCAUGUUCAUCUCUUAGCACCAUACUGGCUAAAACAGAAUCCACUCUACUCCACCAUUUAUUGACACCAGGCAAAGGUCUACCAGACGUAACUUCGAUUUUAAGGUAUUUCAAGGGUGCAUUUGAUUGGUCAGAAGCUGAUAUUUCAGGCCGUAUUAUACCACAUGAAGGUUGUGAUGUUGAAUUCGAUACUGCUUGUAACACUUUAAAUGAUAUUGAAUCAAGUCUCAAGAGAUAUCUGAAGGAACAGCGCAAAGUUUUGGGAGAUACAUCGAUUGAUUAUGUUACUGUGGGGAAAGAGAUCUAUCUGUUAGAAGUUCCAGAGGACUUGAGUGGAAUUGUUCCUCGAGAUUAUGAAUUACGAUCCUCAAAAAAGGGUUACUUCAGAUACUGGACACCAGAGAUUAAGGAAUAUUUAGGAGAACUUUCUCAAGCUGAGGCUGAGAAGGAGUCUAAACAUAAAAACAUUCUUCAAAGGUUGAUAGCGCAUUUCAGUGAACAUCAUAGGAAGUGGAGGCAGUUGGUAUCCGUGGUUGCAGAACUUGAUGUUUUGAUAAGCAUAGGAAUUGCAAGUGACUAUUAUGAAGGAUCAACGUGCCGCCCUUGUGUCAAGGAAUUACAUCAACCAAGUGAAACCCUUCCUUAUUUGUCCGCGAAAGGCCUUGGCCAUCCUGUUCUGCGAAGUGACAUCUUAGGCAAGGGCUCCUUUGUUCCUAAUGACAUUAGUGUUGGUGGAGCAGGCUGCCCUAGCUUCAUUCUUCUUACUGGUCCAAACAUGGGUGGUAAAUCAACUCUACUUCGGCAAGUUUGUUUAGCUAUCAUUUUAGCGCAGAUUGGAGCAGAUGUCCCAGCAGAAAGUUUUGAGCUGUCCCCUAUUGACCGCAUCUUUGUUCGAAUGGGCGCAAGGGAUAAUAUCAUGGCUGGCCAAAGUACAUUCUUGACUGAACUUUCAGAGACUGCAGCUAUGCUGUCUUCAGCUACACAUAAUUCAUUUGCUGCAUUAGAUGAGCUUGGACGGGGCACAUCAACUUCUGAUGGACAAGCUAUUGCUGGAUCAGUUCUAGAAUAUUUUGUCCGCAAUACACAAUGUCGGGGUUUGUUUUCCACACAUUAUCACCGUCUUGCUGUAGACUAUGAGAAGGAUUCCAAGAUCUCCGUGUGCCAUAUGGCAUGCCAAGUCGGGAAAGGAAUUGGAGGUACAGAAGAAGUAACAUUUCUUUAUAAACUGAUGCCUGGUCCGUGCGCCAGAAGUUUCGGUGUUAAUGUUGCUCGCUUGGCAGGAGUACCUACCUGUGUUCUGGAGAAAGCAGCAGCUAAAUCAAGUGAAUUCGAAUCAACCUAUGGGAAACACAAGCAUGUAUCUAACACCAAAUUUUCAACCUCCAUCAAAGACGAUGAAAUUACUGUGAUCAAAGAUUUGCUUCAUGCUACAAAAUCAUGGAACCACCACCUUGAGGAUUCUCAAGUUUUGAACUUGAGCUUUUUGAGUGAAAUUCAACAAAGAGCAAGGUUGCUGGUGCCGGGAAGCUGAGACCCAAGCAUUAUUACUAGAAUUCAGGGCAUUAUUUUGGAUUUUGCUGAGGUCCUGAAGGAAAACAAAGGUUUGUACAUCUAUAUAUACUUGUUAUAUUUGAUGAUUGAGGGAAGAGUAACAUACUAUGAGCAACCAAGAAGAAACAAGACGAACAUUUAUGGUCAGAUUUUUGUACUCAUCAAUUGACAAUACCUGUACAGAAACAAUACAUUGUUAUUUUUGUUGAAAUCAUGCAUCGAGUUGUUUGCUACAUUCUUCUAAUUAUAAGCGCUAGUUUUCAA